AUGAAGGCAAAGGCCACGACAGUGGGCCUCAAGGAGCUCACAGAGGGAUCAGUGCCCUUUACCACCCUCGAAGAGGCAUUCGGCGAGUCCUCGCUCGGCAUCCUCGUGGUCAACAAUCUACCAGCGAGGUACCUCGAGCUGCGGGAGAAGCUGCUGUCGUAUUCGUCGUACCUGGCGCAACUCCCCGCCGAAGACCUGGAUGCCCUCACCGAUGCGGCAUCCCACUACGAGAUAGGAUGGAGCCAUGGCAAGGAGGCCCUCAAGGACGGACAGUACGACACCAUGAAGGGUUCCUAUUAUGUCGAUUGUCAGUCCUUCUUCCUUGAAAAUCCUGUUGUCCCAGAACCGGGGAAACCGGUAACAAGAGGGGCGGGAACGAACUUGUGGCCUGCUGAAUCUGCAAUGCCGGGAUUUCGAGCCACAUUUGAAGAACUUUGCACGAUGUUGAUCAACAUCGGAGUCCUGGUCGCCCGAGCCAUUGAUUCAUAUGCCACCACGAAUAUCCCACACUACCAGCAUGGGUAUCUCGAACACGUCGUCAAGACCAGCCACACGCCAAAAGCCCGUUUGCUGCACUAUUUUCCGCCCACAGAGGCGCCGGCCUCGCCAUCAUGCUCACCCGUUGAAUCUUCCAACACGUCGGAUUCGGAGGAUGAUUCCUGGUGUGCCACCCAUCUGGACGACGGCUGUUUGACAGCGCUGACGUCGGCAUUAUACAUCGACGAGUCCAGCCCUCUGCCACCACUCACAGCCGGCUCAUUUCCGUCCCUGCCGAUCCUGCCCGCAUCUCCGGACCCCAAGGCGGGGCUUUACAUCCGAUCGCGCGGCGACAAGGUGGUGAAAGUCGAUAUACCAGCUGAUUGCAUUGCCUUUCAAACCGGCGAGGCUUUGCAGAUGAUCACAGAUGGCAGGUUCAAAGCCGUGCCACAUUUCGUCCGUGGCCCCUGCGGCGCGAGCAAGGUCGCUCGGAACACUCUAGCAUUGUUCAUGCAGCCGGACAUUGAUGAAGUCAUUGAUAAGGAGAAAGGCAUGACCUAUGGCCAGUUUGUGGAGAUGAUCGUGCAGAGGCAUUCUUAG